AUGACGCGGCUCGCCGUGCUCACGCUGGGCUGCCUUCUGCUGGCCGCCGCCGGAGCGCGACCGAUGCAACCCCGACCCCGGGACAAGCGAGCCGUCCUCUGGGAGGACUUGGCAGAGGAGCCCGCCCUGAGAGGCGAGGUCGCAGUCCCCGUGCGAAGGCUACGGGACAACCGCUACUAUGAGGACUGGUUCCUCGACCGCGUACUGCCACGCGUCCAGCGGGACAACCGCUGGAGGCUCGCCGACAGUUUGGCCAGGCGCCUUCGUCUGUACCGGAGAAUGCGACCGGACGUGUCAGCAGAGGCCCAAGGCUGCGAGGUUCCCGAGACGACCACGCACAAGCCGACAACCACGACUACGACCACGUGCAAACCACGGACGACGACAACAACAACGACGACCACAACGUGCAAACCGCGAACUACGACGUCGACAACCACAACAACGACAACGACCACGUGCAAGCCGCAAACCACUACUACCACAACUACAACGUGUAAGCCGCAAACCACUACUACCACAACGACAACGUGUAGGCCCCGCACGACAACGACGACGUGCAGACCCUCGACUACGACGACAACAUGUAGGCCACGCACGACGACUACAACGACUACAACGACAACGUGUAAGCCUCUCACGACGACUACGACAACAACAACGUGCAAACCGAGGCCUACCACGACCACGUGCAAGCCGAUAACUACCACGACCACGUGCAAGCCCCGCACUGUGCCCACCACGACGACGUGUAAACCUCUCCCGACGACGACGACUUGCAGGCCUGUAGAAAGGCACGGUCACCACGAUGAUGACAAUCUCAAGAACUACUGGAUCGCAUGA